AUGGCGGCAAGACUGUCAUUUCUUGUGCUCCUUUAUCUAGCUGUAUUUUCACAAUUUAUAGCGGCACAAACCGGAAGAUCUUUUGAUAAGUUCCUCAAGAGUGAUCACACUAACAACUGGGCUGUAUUGGUGAGAGGAAAAUCUAUUUAGAACAAUACAAACGCAAAACUUAAUUUAAAGGGUAACCAGUAAAUUUUAGAAAACGCUCCUUACAAACUUUUCAAUCUAUCUUUCUCCACCUUUAUCGUUGCAAGGUAUGUACCUCGCGGUUUUGGUUUAACUACCGACACGUGGCUAACGUUCUUUCCAUGUAUAGAAGUGUUAAGCGGCUCGGAAUCCCAGACAGGUGAGCAGUUUGUGUUCACAUGUUAGUGCCAGUGAUGUAGGUCUUGCACGUGGCCUAGGAGAUGAAAAGUCCAGUAGACGGAAAAAAUCUUUUGAUUUAUCAUAUAAAGUGUUUAAGUGGAGAACAACAGCCUUUUGAAAACUGUACUGAUUAGAACUUACACGGAAAUGUUUCUAUUGUUUUAUUGCCCUUACAGUCAUAUUAUUGUUAUGCUUGCUGAUGAUAUGGCCUGCAAUGCCCGAAACCCAAGACCAGGUCAGCUUUGUAGUUAAUCUUGUAAUAACUGUUUUACUCCUAUAAUUGAUUGCUUUUUUUAUUUUUUGUGAUAUUGAGGUUAAUUUGUUUGCAUCUUUCAAUCCAUAUUUUCUUUAGAAAUCUUGCUCAAAUUCCUUGAUCUUUUUUGUUGUUGUUUUUUUGCAAUUAUAGGAACAGUGUUCAACAAUGCAAACCAGCAUAUUAAUGUAUAUGGUGAUGAUAUUGAAGUUGAUUACAGAGGAUAUGAGGUGAAUACAUAAGCAGGCAGAAACACAUAAAGUUUGCUCUUAUGCAAGCUGAAUUGUGAAUGAAUUUAAGAAGUUCAUAUUUUUGCCUGGAGAAUACCUUAUUUGCUAUAACUAUGGUGUUGGAUGUUACACUAGUUACUUAAAGUGUGUUGAUUAAUUGAUGCAUCUGAAUUUUUCAGGUCACAGUAGAAAAUUUCAUAAGAAUAUUGACAGGUAAUAGCUUUAUGUUGUAAUAGUUUUGCUUCCUAUAUAUUUUUUAGUUUCUUUUUUAUUUAGGUCACUUGAAUAGAAAGUAAUUAAAAUCCAAGCACAAGUACAGAAAUUAACACGUGAGUUGUAAUACUCCACAACAGGUCGUUUGCCAUCCAGAGUACCGAGAUCUAAGAGACUUCUCUCUGAUGAGAGAAGCAAUAUUCUUGUAUACAUGACAGGUUAGUACCCUUACUAUGAAAUGCCAACCUCAUACCUUAACCCUUUAAAUCCCAAGAUCUGAUUGUUAAUUCUCCCCUCUAGCUACCACACAUUUCCUUGUAAAUUAGUUGUGAGAAUUUAGUGUCAGAUCAGGAUAUCAACUUUCACCAGACAACUUUUGACUGUUCUCAUUACCUGUUUGCUGGAUAAUGUAUGGAUAUUAUAGGGAGAAGUUACAUGUUAAUCACUUCUUGGAGUUAAAGGGUUAAAUAACAAGGACAAGUUAUAUCUUAUCUUCUUUCAAUGAAAUAAAAUUCUUCUCAAUAGGAAAGAUGACUUUUAUCGAAUUAAAUAGUUCUCCCUAAACAGGAGUAGGUACUAAAUUGUUCUGUAAAACAAGAAUACUGGAUUGAUGGCAAUUGCAAAUUUAUAAAAUAAUCACAUUUAUUGUGAUUUUGUUUUCAGGUCAUGGUGGUGACGGCUUUCUCAAGUUCCAAGAUGCUGAGGAGAUAACUAGUAUUGAGCUGGCAGAUGCCUUUGAGCAAAUGUGGCAGAAAAGACGGUAGUCGUUGCUUUGAAUCGUCUUGUUGUGAGCUUACAGUUUGUGAAGCCUAAAGAACAGUUUGAUUUCUUUUAAUAAAUUUUAUUUGCUUUAUUUACAUGCUGUCAGGUAUAAUGAAGUCUUCUUGAUUGUGGAUACCUGUCAAGCAUACUCCAUGACUCAGAAAUUGUACUCACCCAACAUUCUAGCUGUUGGCAGUAGUUUAGUAGGAGAGGAUUCGCUUUCUGUAAGUUUAUUUUGAUAUAAAAUGAAUCAUUUGUGUUUGAACCAAUGAUAUUUGAACUAGGUAAGCACAGUAUACAUGCAGAAAUAAUGACAAUAAUAAUUCUUUGAGAAAGUUCAAUAGGAUUUGAACCUGUGAUUCCCCAAGGCUGGUGCAGUGUGCUUACAAACUGAGCUAACUGUUGUGUUAGUCUAGAGUUGACCUGCUUUAGUGACUUUAGCUCAGAACAUUUUACACAGUGGAGUAAUUUUAUGUGGCUGAUUCUAAUUUACAUUUGCAUAGUCUGUAGAAAUCAUAAGAUUACAACAUGCCUAUAAGAAGUUCAAGCAUAGAGAAACACAUUGUUUUUGGUUACCAUAUGAUUAAGUUUUUGUUUUGUUUUAGUGUAAAGAUCUUUGUUACAAUGUGGGUUCUGAUUAUUCAGAUGUUAUUGCAUGUCAAUUCUUUGUUGUUGUUUUUUUUUCUAGCAUCACGAAGACCCUGCCAUUGGAGUGCAUGUAAUUGACAGAUAUACAUAUUAUGUGCUUCAAUUCUUGGAAGGUGUGAAGCCCAACAGCAAGGCCACUGUGGGAGAGUUGGUGAGUCAUUUUUUCAAAAUUUAUUUUGGGGUAUUCCAUAUGGACAGUUUCUCAGGCAAAGAAGAGUUCUCUUUUCCUGUUUCAUUUCUCCUUCCAUUGCACAAGUGAGAAGUUUGGGUGAAUAUAAAACUUUGCUGGAUGUGAAAUAUCAGUAAUUGUUUCAAAGAGGAAUCUACAAGAACAUUGACUUGAUGAAUAUAAAACUUGGUUGGAUGUGAAAUAUCAGUAAUUGUUUCAUAGAGGAAACUACAAGAACAUUGAAUUGGAAUGAUUGAAAGUUUGUUUUCAUUAUAUUAAAUGCUAACAUUUUAUUAAGACAACUUCAACUCUGCCAAUUUUUUCUACAUAGUUCAAAUAUACCACACCAGCUCUGGUAAUAUCUACUCCAGGAGUGAGAUCUGAUUUGUUUAAGAGAGACCCUAAAAAGGUACUUGUUUUAUAAUCCAUUGUAAUUACCAGUGUGACUUAAAAAUAUACUGUAUGUGCGGAUUUGUUUUGUAACACAGUAGACCCUGAGAAGUGUCAGUAGACUAGUAGAACAGUUAGUAUCCAGCUAUCCACAAACCUCUCUGACUGCUGUUUUAUUGAAAUUCUAAAUGGGAUACUAUGCUGGUCUUGUAAAGUAAGGUUUGAGAAAGAGAGAGUGAUUAUCAAACUUGGCAUAGUUUGCAUUUGCAUUUACAUAACAAAACAAACAAUGUUGUUGUUACUGCAACUUCCUCUCCCCCUGUCCCAGGAUUAAUUAUCCAUUUUCAUGAGUGUAACCAAAGGCUUUUCAAACUAAAUUAACAUUAAUAGUAGAAAAUUAAUUGGGGGGGAAUAAGAAAUGUACUGGUAUUUCUACUGACUAGACUAGAACAUUUUUUUAAAAGGUUCUAGUCACUGACUUCUUUGGCAGUGUUCAUAGCAUCGAAAUGACUAAUUCUUCAACCUUUGAUCUCAUGGAGGACACAUCAUGCAGGUAUGUACAUACCUAGAGAUGUUUCUAGGACCUUAAAAAUAACGAACAGACACCAAUAUCAACCUUGGACAGAUCUGUUACCUUCUUAACCCCUAAGAGUGACUAGUUUUAAUUUCUCCUUGCAAUGUCGCCCCUGAAUUACACAGAAAGGUCACAAGAAUAAAGGAAAUGAUCACCAACCAAAGAGCCUCUUGAUUGUUAAGCAAAUUCUCCUUGACAGCACCUUAGGAAAUGUAAAGAGAAUAGUAUGGAGAAAGUACAUACUAAUGUCAGGGUGUAAAGGAUUAAAAGAGCACUUUGAGAUCUAGAUCCCAUGGUCGCUACAUUGUGUUGUUUUUGGUGGGCAAGAAAAUUUCCCUCACAGUGCCUCUCUCUGUCCAGUGCCAGUGUUUAAGACGAGAUUGUGUGCUUCUGGAAUCUAUGAUCCAGAUCUGCUCUUGCAAGGUAAAUUCAAUCAUGUCGUGACUGAUGGGUUUUGUCCACCAUUUUAGGGGAGAUCAUUGUUCAGGAUCCCAGUCAGAUGAAAGACAUCAAACUUCAGAGAAACGCAUUCUUCAUGAGCAGUUUCCAAACCCACAAAAGAAGGUAUAUUGUGUUUCUAUGUCUUGAUUGUCCUGAGUGAAAUUUGUGAUUUUGUUUGAACAGUUUAUUGUUCUUAUUGACAACUCUAAACCAAACCAACUUUACAAUUUUAUUGUAAUGCAUGGUCAUGUAAAUGUUCAAAUUUUUACAAAGCCAGCUAAAUUGAAAUAUUCUAUUUUUUUUUUUUUUUUUUUUUUUGAAGGUUAGUGUUUUUGUUCUGAAACCUGGAGGUUAUUUUCAGAUCAGAAAUAAUCAAAUAGUCAGAAAUUCUCUUACUUGAUGUUUUUUCUUUUAUUAUCUUUUUUUUCAGCAAGAUGACAAAGAAUGGCAUUUCACUACAGAAUUCCUCAUAUCCCUGAUGGUUUUUAUGUUACUGGUUGGUUUUGCUUUUGUGAGAUAAAAAAGUAUUCUCACAAGCAAAAUUGUGGAGCAAGUACAUGAACAUUGUGAAAUACUGCCAAAAUCAGUGCUUGACAUGAGGGACUGAAAAGAGCCAAGCAGCUAAACAGUUACUGUUUCAGGCAUAACAUUCAAUAUGAACCAGGAAAUGAAUACAGAGAACUUUAACUAAACUGCCUCUCCUCCAGGAUUACAGGAAUGGUGGGCAUAAUAUACUGACUGGUACAGAGCAAGCUUGUAUCAUACGAUAGUCUAUGGUAAACACAUCAGCUUGUAUCAGAAUACAAGUUGUGAAGACAGUAAAUUGAAAAUAACUGAAAUUUUGAAAUGGUGAAAGAGUGCUGAUAACGUGUUUGUGAUGUAUGUCACUUCACAUCAUGUUGGAUUGCAAGGAAAAACAGACUUCACACACAAACUCCAGUCAGGAUUUGUGCACUGGGAAGAUGUGAUCUGAAUUUUUCAGUAUUUAUCAGUAUGAAUGUUCAGGAGUACAGUAUUCCUUUGACUAUCAGAUAUAAAAGUUGCACAGAAGUUGGUAAACCUUCUUAAAUGUGAGCAGAAAGUUAGAAAUAGCCUGAUCUCUUCUUGCUGCAGUUUUUU